CUAAUCUCCCGGUGCAUGAUGGGUAAUCGCACACAUUCCACAGUGGCUCAGAACUGAAGCUCAUUUCUUUUCAUUCUGGUCAACAUUUUAGACACUGUUUUUCUCUCCGUCAUAGAAAAGUGUUCUUGUUGCUUCUCUAUCCGUACCAUUAGCUGUGGAUUUCACUCAUGAUGAUGCACGAAGAGCUGUUUGAUUUCUUGAACAGACGGCGGUCGGUGGGUUCGCUCCGCUGGUUCCUAGAGGAGCCCGACCCGCCGUCCGCUGUUCCUCUGACCCCCUUACAGGAGUAUCUGCAGAGGCUGCUGGAGAUGAAGAUGCUCAGCAGUGAUCAGUUUGAUAACCUGGAAAAGCACACACAGUGGGGAAUCGACUUUGUGGAAAAAUACACCAAAUUUGUGAAGGAAAGGUCUGAGAUCGAGCUCAACUAUGCAAGACAGAUGCGGAAUCUGUCCAAGAAAUACCAGCCUAAGAAGAAGGAUGAAGACGAGAAUAAAUAUACGUGGUGCCGUGCAUUUCAUUCAACGUUGAACGAGCUGAACGAUUACGCCGGUCAGCAUGAGGUCAUCGCGGAGAAUAUGAUGUCACAGAUCAUCGCUGAGCUCACCAGAUACUCUCAGGAGAUCAAAACAGAGAGGAAAACGGUGAGUCCAAAUAUUCAGCUCAUCUUUAUUUCUAUAGCGCUUUUACAAUGUAGACUGCCAGAGCAGCUUGACAUAAAAACCUUCUAAUAAAUUAUAACUGCUUCAGUCCAGUUUUCAGAGUUGAAGUUCAGUUUAGAUUAAUAUAAAUGUCACUGCUAAAGCCCAAACACUGAAGAGCGAAAGAAAAAACGUCAUAAUACUGUGAUUGAACUAUUGAGCUGCCUUUUAUCUAGAGUUUAUAAACACAUAUAAUAUUUUUUUCACAAUUUUUGUAUCCAUCCUAAUUGUAAGUUGGUGGCUUAGUGGUUAGCACAGUCGCCUCACAGC